AUGUACCACAACCGCAAGGCUACUGAUCGCCGGGACAAGGUCUAUGCCUUGCUCGGUAUGAGCUCUGAUGACUAUAUUCCAGCUGACUUGUCGCCUAACUACGGGACCCCGUGGAAACACCUUCUUCAUCGACUUGUCAAGUUUCUUCUCGGCGAGCAAGCAUCUGUGGAGACUUGGGAGGAGAAGGAGACUGCGGUAAUCAAGAGCAUGGGCUGUAUUCUUGGCGAAGUAUCCUCGGUGGAAAGAGGCGGUGAUUGGAGUGAUAGGCAGACCGUGCACAUCACCUCCAAGAAUACACCUGCAUACCUGGGCCAGAAGAAAAAAUGGAGUGAUCGCUGGGCUCUCCAUACCACGGUGAAAUCCAUCCGGAAAGGUGACGUUGCCUGCCUAUUGCAGGGAGCGUCAAAACCUACGAUCAUCAGGCCAUAUGAGGAUUAUUGUGCCGUUAUUGCAAUUGCCGUUACCACGGACGACAAAAGAAUUGAGGGGUUAGAUAUCGACUGGCCAGGCCUUUUGCGGUCGAUAACAAUCUUCCCCCGUGAUUUUCUACUCGUCUGGGACUGGGAAGCUGAAGACGACGAAUGCCUCAUGAGCAGCCGAGUACCGAAAACAGAUUUGAAAAGUUUUCUGGACAAGGCAGGUAGGUUACGGAACAUGGGACUGAUUUUAGGAGACUUGGAGAAGUAUGAAGAGGCAGAAAAGAAUCUUCGAAAGGUAAUAAAUGCUCAUGAGAGAGCACCUGGGAAAGAGCUUUCACAUACGCUAGCGGCUAUGGACGACCUAGCAUUGAUGUGCGGGGGUGGAGGCGAUUGGAAGCGGGCAAAGAAGCUCGGAGUGAUGGCUGAUCUACUUGGGCGAAGAGGAGACUACGCCCAGAUUACGGAAGAAGGGAUGAUCCGGAUUGCAAGAUCAUUUGGUCAAGAACUGAUGACGCUUCUACUUGACUGGAGAGAGGACGAGGUCAAGAUCACUGAAGAGGUGGUCGAGGCAGCAGCUAGGAACAGGAGUGGCAAGGAGGUGAUGGCACUGCUCCUCGAUCGAUGCGGUGACGGGAUCAUAGUCACUCCUGGGCUGGUUCAGACGCUUACGAAAUCAUUUAACGCGCUCGCCAUGACAAAACUCCUCGAUCAGCGCGGCCCGGAGGUCAAGAUUACUGAAGAGGUGAUCGAGGCAGCAGCUGGGAACCACUGGAACGGCAAGGAGGUGAUGGCGCUGCUCCUCGAUCAGCGCGGCUCCUCGGUCAAGAUUACCGAACAGGUGGCCAAGGCAGCAGUUAGGAAUAGCAGCACUGGCAUUGCGGUGAUGGCGCUGCUCCUCGAUCGAUGCGGUGACGGGAUCAUAGUCACUCCUGGGCUGGUUCAGACGCUUACGAAAUCAUUUAACGCGCUCGCCAUGACAAAACUCCUCGAUCAGCGCGGCCCGGAGGUCAAGAUUACUGAAGAGGUGGUCAAGGCAGCAGCUGGGAGCCACUGGAACGGCGAGCAGGUGAUGGCACUGCUCCUCAAACAGCGCGGCCCCGAGGUCAAGAUCACUGAAGAGGUCCUGAAAGAGGCAGCUUCAAACGAACAUUCAGGUUACAGGGUGAUUAAAUUCCUCCAUCAAACUAUUGGCAUAAAAUUCACUGCUGGGUUGAUCGAGGCAGCUGCCACCAGCGGCCAGGAGGAGGUCCUCUGGUUCCUCGAUCAGUGCGAAACCAUUGGCAGUGGCGAAGAGAGCUGGCUAAAGAUCUCUCGCCUCUACAACGCCGCCAAAAAUGGAGACGCCGCAGCUGUUCGCAAGCUGAUCCACGAUGGUACUCCUCCAGACAAGCAGAAUAUUCGCGGGGUAACUCCUUUGUGGACUGCAUCUUCACACGGGCACAAAGCAGUGGUCCAGGUUCUUCUGGCAACUAAUGCUGUUGGCGUUAACGUACGGACCGUGGCUGGACAGACUCCAUUGUUCCGGGCCGCGGCAAAUGGCCACUCCGAAGUCGUAAAGUUGCUCCUGGAUCAUGGUGCUGAACGAAAUUAUACAGACAAGGACGGCAGAUCCCCGCUCUCCGUCGCUCAACUUUACCAUCAGCCGAACGUGAUAGACAUUCUUACUACGCACGAUGCACAGGAGCACAGAAGGCGUGGUUACAGCAGCGGCAGGGACUAG